CGUCUCUGUUCCCUUGCUAUUCUGGCGGCAUUUUCCUGCGUUCCUAGACUUUUGUCUGCUUCCAAUCAUGUCCUUUAUCACCACUCGCUUGAAGUCCUUGUACAAUGACAAGACACAGCAGGUGGUGCUGUUCUCGUCGACCGCCAUUGCCCUGUAUGGCUACGACCAGGGAAUGAUGUCCUUGAUCAACACAAACCACAAUUACCUCCACACCAUGGGCAUCGCCGCCGAAUCACCAAUCGUCGGUAUUAUCGUCUCUGUCUACUAUCUCGGCUGCGCCGUGGGGGCCGUCUUCUUCUCCUGGUGGGCCGACAAGUUCGGCCGUAAGAAGGCCAUCUUCUUCUGCCUUGCAACGGCUUCACUCGGGAACUUGAUCAUGUUCAUCGCUGGCUUGGGAUACAGCCCUGGGGCGCGCUCCGUCAUGCUCCUUGGAAGAGUCGUUAUGGGUCUCGGCGUUGGCGGAGUGGACUCUGUGAUUCCCAUCUACAGCUCUGAGUUGACUGAAACUGAAGCUCGGGGCAAAGCACUGGCGCAGGAGUUCCAAUCUAACAUCUUCGGGUUGCUGAUGGCGUUCGGGAUCAACAUCGGCGUCACCAGGGGCCUCGGCAAGGGGAACCAGUGGGCAUGGAGGCUCCCUAUUAUAAUUAUGCAGGUGUAUCCGAUUAUACUCCUCUCUUUUGUUCACCGACUACCAGAAUCGGCUAGAUGGUUUGUUAGAAAAAACAGGAAAGAAGACGCCAAAAAAGCUUUGCAAGACGUGUUUGGGGAGGAAGGUCAGAAUAGAUACGACGAACUCAUCGGGAUCAGCGAGGACGAAGAAGGCCAUCACGUCAGCUACCUGGAAAUGAUGACUCCUGGUCAGCCUCAAUUCCACCCUACGAUGGUCACAAUCAUGGGGCAGAUCAACCAAGCUUUGACUGGUUAUGGAGCUGUAUCAGUUUACGGGCCCCAGAUAUUCGAGCUUCUCUCCUUUUCGCCCAUCCUGGCCGAGUACCUGACUCUGGGAAACUACACCAGCUACUUCUUCCUCAUGUCCCUCGCCUGGCUCCUCAUCGAUGCUCUUGGCCGGCGGAGGCUCCUAGUCGAAAGCAGCGGGAUACUCACAACCUGCUUCCUCCUCUUAACCCUGUUUGCCGCUCUCACAUCUCACAGCGACCAGCUCCACAUCCUAGUCCUCGGUCCCGCCAUCGCAGGGACCCUCUCCCUCUUCGUCGCAACCGGCGCCUUCGGAAUCGGCUGGCUCACCACCGUCUGGCUGAUCCCAACGGAGAUCUAUCCUACCUACGCCCGCGCCCGCGGCACGGCCAUCAGCGUAAUAGUGUGGGGAAUCGCCAAUUUUGGGAUCACGCUGCUCACGCCUAUCAUGUUCAACAACCUCAAGUACUACAUCUUCCUCGUAUUUGCGGCUACCAAUGCGAUUGCUGGGACGUGGACGUACUUUUACCUACCCGAGACUGGCGGGCGCAGCUUUGAGGAGAACCAAGAGUUCUUUGUGGACGCUAAGGAGGUAGGCUCGUGGCAAGUUAGGAAGGUGAAAGGGGGUGCUUAUAAGAGGAUGCCGUACAAGGAUGAGGCGGACGCGGAGAGGGUGCCGUUAUUGCAUAGGAUUGAGGACCAACUGCCCUAAAUGGCGUUUAGCGGGUUCUUUUCUUUCGUACACGAGAUCUGCGACUGUGGUGAGUAGGUUGCACGAUGAUUCCCUAGAUUUACGCUGCUAUAGACGGGAGGCGUCUCUUGGAUGUGCAUCUUGUUGUUGUAUUAUAGCGGUCGUAUUUGUCUGAUUCUUGCGGUGGCAACUAUUACAUCCUGCCUAAAGCUUUGGAUUUUCAUGAGAGCACACCAGACAGUGACAUGACUAGA